CCAACAGCCAGUGCAACGUUUUAUUGCUCUGAUGAUGAUAAAGUGAUGUAGUGUGGAGACCAGACGCGUCCAUGGACAUUUAAGAGCAGUCAGCUGGCAGGUUUUCUUUUAAGCAAAACGGUUUAUCCACAGCCACGAUGAAUACGACCCCUUCUUAUCAAACCUCCGAUCCACCAAGUGAUGAGAAAAACAAUAACGACUACCACACAACCCUCCUGGUCAUCUACUCUGUGGUUCUGCUCUGUGGUACCAUUAGCCUGAGCCUUAUGAUGCACAUCUUGAAAUCCAGCACAGUGUCCACCACCUCCAUUGCUGUACUCAAUCUGAUCUUUGCCCACUUAAUUUUCCUUUUCACUGUACCCUUCAGGAUUUACUAUUAUGCAACUGAAGUCUGGUCACUGAGCCAUGAGUGGUGUAAAAUGGUGAGCGCUAUGAUCCACAUCCAUAUGUACAUGUCCUUUAUCCUCUAUGUGAUCAUCCUUGUCACCCGCCUUUUGAUGUUUUAUAACAAAGCUGCUCAAGUAGCUUCCUUCCAGAGAAUGCAUGCAGUGAUUUGCAGUGUUUUGGUGUGGCUCAUUGUGCUUGUUGUAGUCCCUUGCACCAUCCAUUUCUUCUACGGCAAAGACAAUAAUGGAAAUAACAGCCAACAUAACAACACAGGACAUUGCUUCAAGUUUGGAAAACACAUUGGGUCAGAGUUCAGUAAGGUGAUCAACUACAUCAUGAGCACAGUGAUUAUAGUCGUGGCUCUGGUGUUAAUAGCCCUCCAAACCAACGUCCUGUGGGUUUUAUACAGAAAAGAUCGGCAAGGAUGCACCUCUCAGCAGGACUUUGGAGCUCAGCUGAAGAGCCUCUUCUUUGCGCUGAUCAUGGUGAUCUGUUUCAUUCCCUACCACAUGUUCCGGAUUUACUACUUGAGUGACGUUGACAAACUGGAGAACAUCAAUGAGUUGUUUCUGAGUCUGACCACUUUUAACUGUUUGGACAUGCUAACCUUCUUAGGUGGGAGAACCUGCAACAUGUGCAUGCCAGGAAGGGCGAUUUGAAAAGUCUUAGUACAAUGAUGGCGUAUAGUUUGUGUUGUUUUUUUUUGUUUUU